UCUUCACCCGUGUACUUAAAAAAAUUCACAUUCACCAAAUUCUCUCUAUCCUGCGCACACUCUUUUCCAUCUCCGAUCGUUUUGUAUAUCUCCGGCACACUCAUGGCGGCGUUUCCCUAUAUGGAAGCUGUAGUCGGGUUCAUGAUAUUGAUGUAUAUCUUUGAGACAUACUUAGAUUUACGACAGCAUGCUGCUCUGAAACUUCCGACCCUUCCUAAAACUUUGGAAGGGGUGAUUAGCCAGGAUAAGUUUGAAAAAUCUAGAGCUUAUAGCAUUGACAAAAGUAAUUUCCACUUUGUUCACGAGUUUGUGACAAUAGUGAUGGACUCUGCUAUUUUGCUCUUUGGUGUACUACCUUGGUUUUGGAAGAAAUCAGGUGGUAUUUUGGAAUCCUUUGGCAUCGAUGCAGAGAGUGAAAUAUAUCAUACACUCGCAUUCCUGGCUGGUGUCAUGAUUUGGUCUCAGAUCACAGACUUGCCAUUUUCUCUUUAUUCUACCUUUGUUAUCGAGGAGCGUCAUGGUUUUAACAAGCAAACGUUUUGGCUGUUCAUUCGAGAUAUGAUUAAGAGCAUGAUCUUGGCUGUAGUUAUAGGACCACCUGUUGUGGCUGCCAUCAUUCUAAUAGUACAGAAAGGUGGUCCCUAUCUGGCUAUCUAUCUUUGGGGGUUUAUGUUUGUGUUGUCUCUCGUCAUGAUGACAAUUUAUCCAGUUCUAAUUGCACCCCUGUUUAACAAGUUCACACCACUACCAGAGGGUGAGCUCAGGACAAAAAUUGAGACCCUUGCGUCUUCUCUCAAUUUUCCUCUGAAGAAGCUGUUUGUCGUGGAUGGAUCUACAAGGUCGAGCCAUAGCAAUGCUUACAUGUAUGGGUUCUUUAAAAACAAACGCAUUGUUCUUUACGAUACGUUGAUUCAGCAGUGCAAAAAUGUGGAAGAAGUUGUUGCUGUUAUUGCUCAUGAACUUGGUCAUUGGAAACUGAAUCACACGAUGUAUUCCUUCAUUGCUGUUCAGGUUCUUACACUUUUGCAAUUUGGAGGUUAUACACUUGUGAAGAACUCAAAGGACCUAUUCCUGAGUUUUGGAUUUGAUACUCAACCAGUCCUCAUUGGGCUCAUAUUGUUUCAGCACACUAUAAUUCCUAUCCAGCAUCUUGUGAGCUUUGCUCUCAAUCUUGUUAGCCGUGCUUUUGAGUUCCAGGCUGAUGCUUUUGCAAAGAUGCUUGGUUAUUCUAAACCACUUCGAGAUGGACUAGUUAAGCUGCAGGAGGAAAACUUGUCGGCAAUGAACACUGAUCCAUGGUACUCUGCUUAUCACUACUCCCACCCUCCACUGGUUGAAAGGUUAGCUGCCAUAGAUGAAGCUGAUAAGAAGACAGAAUAGCAAUUCAAUACACAUAGUUUAGACUACAUGGAUUCUCUAGCUACCACACUGCUACCUUCUACCCUUUGAAAGUGAUACAUUUGAGUUUUAGAAUUUAGAAUUUGGAAAACAUUGAGGAAGAGCUGAGUUAAAGGGUAAGAAAUAUUGUGUAGAUUGUGAUUUAACAUUUUGAUCCAUUGUAAAACUUGGUUCUUCUAGGUUGUGUGUUUUGGAUGUCCUGGUUAUGACCUUGUAGCUCAACAUAUUUCGUAUAUGCCAACCUUGAUUGUCGUUCAA